AUGGAGGGAAGCUAAGUGCAGACUUUGAGAUGAUUAUUGGCGGUUUGAGAGUUAGUUUUCUUAGUGAGGCGACUUGAGACGUGUUGUCACGUGUGCAGGUAUUGGGUAAUUUUCUCAGGAUAAUAAAUGCAAAUACUGAUGCCAGACACUUAUUGUGAAGAUGUCAAAACUUGAGAAGGGCAUUCUAGGGUACCGUAAGGAUCCUAAAAACCAGAUAUUGUUUUCGUUUGGUGUGAGACCUGGAGAGGAGUGGCCCUCAGAUGAUUCAGAUGACUCGGACUAUCAUCCAACAGAGGACAGUAAACCUGAUACUGCAGAUGUCAGUGCCAAAACAAAACCUCCAGCAAAAAAACCCCGCAAAGGCUUGAAGGCAAAGCUCAAACGAGGACGGAGUUCCGUAGAGAGCAGUGGCAGUGACAGUGACAGUUUCCAUAGCGACAGUUCAGACACCAUCAUCGAGUCAACUAUCAUAUCAGAGAGUACUUUGAAUAAAAACUUAGAUGUAACAUCAACUGUUGUUAAACCCCCUCCUGGUAGUCAUGUAUCAGAAAGUACAAAAUUUAAGAAAACACCUGUCAUUGGUCAAUCAGACAUUACCCAUGAUUCAUUGCUGUCGUCAUCAUCCAAUGAUAAUCAUGGAGAAGCGUCCAAUCAUCUUUGUACUUCAUCUGCUGUACAUAGUCAGUUAGAAAGUGGUUUUAGUGAAACCUCAUCGAGUUGUGUAGAAUCUGCACAGAGCAGCCCUUCUCCCCUCCUCUUACUGAAGAGGAAAAGCAAGGGAGACAAGAGUAAGCACAAGAAAAAGAGACGCUCAAAACAUCUUGGCGAUGGACCUGUGCCAAAAAAGAAAAAACGGAGUAAAGAAAAAAGGACUAGUUCGGAAGAUCACAAGACUAAGAAGCAGGAUAGUAAGCACAACAAGGACACCAGUGUGGUUGUGGGGAAGAAAGGCUUGAGUGCUGCACAAGUCGUACCCCCUGAAAUUUUGCUCAAAAUAUUCCAGAUGGUUGUAUCUACCGAGGGAGCUGUGCCAUUCCUAUGCAGAGCUGCGCGUGUAUGUAGGCUGUGGUACAACACAAGCUGUAACUCUCAGCUGUGGUUACGCGUGGACCUGUCCUAUGGCUGGAUCAAGAGUCAAGAGCGGUACCUGACUUGGCUGAGUACACACCGCAUCCCGCUCUGCACUGACAUACAGCUUAACGGCUGGAAGCUACUAACCUACAAUGGCAUCAAGUCACUGGCAGAGAACUGCCCAAAGCUGUCGAGUAUCAACUUGUCACACUGCCCUAAAAUCACAUCCCGGGCGGUUCAGGUUUUGGCUGACAACUGCCCCUGUUUGGCGAAAAUUGACCUCUCAGCGACUUCGACUGAAGCUGUGUCUCAGAUGUCUCUGAAGUACUUGUUAGAACGAGUGGGCAACUCCGUCACUCACCUGACCCUGGGCAAUAACACACUCAAGGGAUUUAACUCCGUCUUGAACUGUAUUUCUACACACUGCCCAAAUCUGGAACUCCUGGACGUGUCCAAUGUGUUUUUCUCUUCUGAUUACCUAUCCUUUAAUGUGGAGAAAUUCCAGCAAGGCUGCCGAAAGCUCAAGACCCUGCGAUUUGUGAACUCCAAAGUGCGAGCCAGUCAGGCCACCCAGAGAGAGCAGAUCGAAUCUCCAGGAUUCCCCGCUCUUGAAGAGCUAAGCAUUGCCGUCAACACGAACAAGAACACCUGUAGACUGGCCAUGGAUGGGGAUGCAUUGUCCAGGAUCCUGAAGAAUUCCACAGAGCUGAAGACGCUGGACAUCCGCGGCUGGUCAUUCUGCUCCUUCCGGAGCCUGAUCCACAUCCCAGCCACUUCCGUGGAGCAGCUCCUACUGGCACAGAAUAAUGUCCAUGUCACACCAGACUUUGGAUUUGAGCUUGUUAUGCAGAAGUGGCGUCACAGUUUGGUGGAGCUGGAUUUGUCAUGGAACAGUUACCGUGACAACGUGUUGGACGCAGGCAUCGAGCUGUUGACAGAGUUCCCAGACGAGUGUCGGGUGGAGGUGUUAGAUUUGGCGGGGACGAACAUCGAAUGUUCAACCAUCAGUACAAUUCUGAGCCGUUGUCCACGUCUGCGGGCAGUCAAUCUGUCGUCAUGUCGCAGCUUACCGCGCGGGAUAAAGCGAGAGUUUGAAGGAAAAGAACUUCAACAGUUGAGGAAGGCAGUGGAGAGUUUUGAGAAAGAAGAAAGUUAGAUGUAAAUUGUUUAUUUGUAGAUAUGUAUUUGUUUUCCUGACAUCAACAAGCUGGAUUUAUUCUGUGAAUCACAGUUCUCUGUUACAAUUGUUGUCUUCUUGCAAAUGAU